AUGUCCUCACACCGUCUUCUAACCGGGCUCGUCCCCCGACGAACCUUUUCUCACAACACCACCACUCGUUUUCUCAGCAAGCCAUCAUGCUCAUCACCACCAUGUCUCGGCAUCCUCCCUUCUCACCAGUCCAAAGCGCUCAUCAACCCUCGUCUCCUCUCACUUGAGAAGACCCUUCACUCUCAAAAACAACCAUACCACACCACCAAGUCUCUGCUCUCACAGCCCGAAAUCCCAACAACGCCCACCAGUGCCGUCCUCCCCACCACCUCCAUCCCCGGUUCCUCCGACCCUCCCCUACCAGAGUACACCCCACCCACCACCGGUCUCCUCUCGAAGCUUCCCCAUUCCUGGGUCCCCUACGCGGAACUAGCCCGCCUCGACAAGCCCACAGGGUCUUACUACCUCUUCUUCCCCUGCCUCUUCAGCACACUUCUCGCAGCCCCCCUAGUCCCGGGCGCCAUCGCCUCCCCCGCCGCGGUCGUGGGAACCUCCCUCCUCUUCUUCUCGGGAGCGAUCAUCAUGCGCGGCGCCGGCUGCGCCAUCAACGACCUCUGGGACCGCAACCUCGAUCCGCACGUCACGCGCACACGUCUACGUCCCAUCGCCAGACGGGCCAUCACGCCCUUCCAGGGCUUAGUCUUCACUGGCUCGCAGCUUCUGGCCGGACUGGCGGUGUUGCUGCAGUUUCCCUUUGGGUGUUUCUGGUACGCUACCCCGAGCUUGCUGUUCGUGGCGUGUUAUCCGCUCGCGAAAAGGGUGACGUAUUACCCGCAGUUCAUGCUGGGGUUGACGUUUUCAUGGGGAGCGAUUAUGGGUUUCCCUGCGCUGGGGGUGGACUUGUUGGCGAAUAGUGCGGCGUUGACGGCGGCCGGGUGUUUGUAUACCAGCAACAUUGCGUGGACGGUACUGUAUGAUAUGAUAUAUGCGCAUAUGGAUAUCAAGGAUGAUGCCAAGGCGGGCAUCAAGAGCAUUGCGCUCAAGCACGAUAAGGAGACGAAGCAGGUGUUGACGGGCUUGGCGGUUGUGCAGAUUGGACUGCUGGCUGGAGCGGGUGCGGCGGUGGGUGCUGGGCCGGCGUUCUUCAUCGGGAGCUGUGGCGGUGCGGCUUUGACGUUGGGGUACAUGAUCAAGAAGGUCAACUUGAAGAGCGUCAAGGACUGCUGGUGGUGGUUUGUCAACGGCUGCUGGAUUACCGGUGGCGUCAUCAGCCUGGGGUUGGCGACGGACUAUUUGCUCAACUACUACGAGCAGGAGAAGCAGGAGAAGCAGGAGAAGAAGCCGGAGAAGCUGGAGUCAGCCUGA